AUGAACGACACUGAUGUCCGAUCGAACACGCGAAGGAGAGCUGUGAUUGCAUGUGAAUAUUGCCGAAAACGGUAUGCCUCGGCCUUGCCUCCCGGCAUCCAAGCGCUGACUAUGAAACAUCUAGAAAACGCCGCUGCGAUGGAAAGCAGCCCCACCAAUGCCGGCAGCUCGGAGCCAGAUCUUCCACUGAGCACCUGCCUGGCUCAGCUUCGGGCGGACGUUGAGGAAUGCGUGGUUGACAUGCGUAUUAUCAAAAAGCAAGUAGAACGACUUGUCAACACUCGAAAUGUUGCCCAUUCUGAGGAUGCCUCGUUGGCUAUACAUACACCGGCUGCGACAUUAAAUUCGAUCAAUCGUUUCCCCAGUGGGCCAACGUCGUCUAGCAUCAAUGACUCCGUGCCCAUGACGAUCCCUCUUGGACAUGGAUCAACUUCUGAGGAUCUCCUCCGUUCUCAAAUCAUGAAGGCCUUUCUUGGGGACCACCCGAAGGAUAUGUUUCUAAAGACUGAACAGAACCGAAAGCAGUCGGAUGAGCUCGCACUAAAACUAAAUUCAAGGGCUGAUGUGUCAGAGCCAUCCCUAGAGAAAACAGCCGCUGCUGAGCUGGUGAAUGUAUACUUUGCGCAAGUAAAUCCGAAGUUUCCAAUUCUUGACCAAGAAGCCUUCAGUGCCAUUUUUGAUUCUACUGAUCUACAAGGUGCAAUGGACACGAACGUCGCUUUGGUGAUGAUGGUUCUUGCCCUGGCAAGUGUUUCUCAGGAAUUGCCAGACAGCAUUAUUGGUGGUAUACUGCCUGCGUCCCGUUUAUCCGGUCCUUCUAUACAAUUCCUACUCCAGAAAUGGCUAUCAUACUGUAAGACAGAUACAGGUCUGUGUCAGGGUCUGUUUUUGGCCGCCUCUUGGUACAACUUUCUGUGCAAACCUGUGCAGGCAUGGCGGAUGAUACACAUGGCAUCAACUAAUAUACAACAUGUAUUCCUUGAAUCCGACAGCCAAGGAGCACAAAUCUCUCAAGAUUUGAUGCGAUUAUGCUGGGCAAUAUUUUUAGUGGAGUGUGACCUUCUGGCCGAAUACCAUCUCCCCAGAAGUGGAAUCGAGAACAUUAUCGAAAGGCUCCCUUAUCCAGAGUGUGGUCCCCACAGCCUUGAUCAACACAUCCUUCCCUGGCUCGGAAAUCUAUCGGCCCGCAGAUUAAUGAACCGGGUUCACUUCACCAUGUAUAACACCAGCAGCAGCGGCAGCAAUGAUCAUUCUGAGCAAAUUCUGGAUAGAUUGUUGGACUCACCAAAUGCAAAUAUGCUUUUUGCUACGUCGUCAGAGCUGAGCCAUCAACUAAAUAUGUGGUGGGAUCUCCUUCCGCCGUCUAUCAAACCGAGUUUGGAUAGUAGCCCAGACGCCAAUCAUCAAGAUCUGGCAUUACGAUUCUGGGCCUGUGGCGAUAUUAUCUUCCGCCCUUUUCUGUAUAAAGUCUGUUCUACCCAGCAAGGGCUGAUUCCAGAUGAAGCCCUCAUGGAGCCAGCCUUGAGCUGCAUCCAUCAUUGUCGUCAAUUCUUGCAGCUAGUUUUAUCGCUCACGAAAGUACCAUCUCCGUUCACAAUGAUUCAACUUCAUUCGACGCUGGCUGUUAUUAUCAAUCUGACAGUAGCAUCUCUCUGCCCCCUCCUAGCAGAAUACGUCUCUGACAUCGAAGAGCUGGAAGAAAUAGCAAUUUCAGUACUGAAAAGAUGGACCUGUAAGGGUUCUAGUAUUGAACUUAUGCUGAAAGUCGCAACAGCCCUUUGUGACAAGCGCCGGAUGGUUAAUUCAUUCAAUUAA